CUAAUAACGGCAGGUCGUUUUCCAACAUGGCGACGCCCUGUAUAAACAAAUUUUCUCGGUUAACUGCAGUAGUAUUUAUUUUUUCUAUUAGUUGCUUUCAGGGCUUUGUUUAUAGUAAUUCAGCUACAAAUGUUGUAAGUUAUUCAAAUUAAAUGUAUUUCAAUAUAUUUAUGAGACCAAUGAAAAAUGUUUGCUCUGGGAAAUUCCUACGAGUGAAGUGACAAAUUUGGCUCACCUUGGUUGGUUACUAAGUUUGUACUUAAAAGUAAAAGUACUAAGUCGUCCCAGACUUUAUUACUUUAUAGUAACUUAUUCGCCGACUAAAGUCCAGAUUUCAGAACACUGUUGAGAUUGAGAGCAAAAUCAGAGUGAUUAUCAAUAAAUUUGUAAAUUUUGAUGAAAUUGUGUCUAUAUUUUUAACUUAGGCCUACACUUACACUUACACCUAUUUACGUACUCAGUACUUCUACAAGGAGCAUUUCUCACAGAGGCAAAAAUACUGGGCUGCAAAUAAAAAAUUUGAAAACCUAGCCAUGUGCUUGCUUUGUUGGGGUUAUGUUCUUAAUAUUCCUAAAAACACCAUUCCAUAAUAUAAAAAUUACUCAAAUUAAAACAGUAACUGAGGUUGAAUCAGGAGUAGCAAGAUGGAUGUUUUUGGGAGGUAAAAUGUAAUGCAGUUUAUCAUUAGAAUAUAUAUUAUGUCAUAUCAUGACACAGGAAGAUGGGGGACACUGUAUCAAUCUGUUGAGCAACAUUUGCACGGUUCAAGUUUAAGGUGGUUUGCUCUAUUCCAUUAAAUAGGUACUUUAAAACUUGUCGACGCACCGAUCUGCGCAUGUCCAAAAAUGUUGAAAAAACUUGUUCUACAAUAUGGCGUACAGCUAUGUGGUACCUUUGGAAAAUUGCAUUCUAUGUCACUUUUGUUUAUUAAAUAAUUGCUUUCCUCAUCAGUGACGUAUCCCUUUUUUGUGUUCCGGUGAUAUAUUGAUUAAUGCUUCAAGAUUUUUUGUGAUCACCGUAUUAUUAUAAUGACUCGGUAAGUAUAUAAAUCACGUAAAUAUUGUUUUAUUCGUUAUUUUAGGCAAAUAUGGUGUGGUUCAGUGCAAACGACAUUCAUUUUGAGAGUUUUUUCAUUAUUGGAGUUAUUAUCAUUGACUAUGUCCCAGAAAAGUUAAGCAUCUCCCAAAGUAGAGGGGGUAUGAAAAUGUCCCCAAAUUAUUACUAUUUUUUUUUUAUUGAGAAGCCGGAAAUGGCUAUUAUCACUGUCUAUUAUGAAAUUUUUCAUUAUGGUUAAAACCUUAAACAUCUGAAUAAUUAUAAGAAGUUGAAAAUAAAUAAUUUGAAGAAAAGAUUAUAAACAAGCUUGAAAAGUUUAUGUAGUAACCAAAACCAAGGGGUGCUUUUAAGUUUUAUUUAUUACGUUGAAAAUUGUGUGUACCGGUAUAGUUUAAGCCUAAACUAUUACUAAAGCUUAAAACUAAUACCAAUAAACAGUACUAUUCUAUUACAACAAAUGCAAUUAAAGCCCAAAUUUAAAUAGUAUUUUUAAAUUAAAUAAGGUAUUUAAUAAUAAAAUUUAAUAUAUUGUUAAGUACUGGUAAUGACAUGACUAUGACAUAGAAUCAGCAAAAAAUGUCUAAUUAUAUAAUUAUUAAUUAAUAAUAAAAUAAAAACGAAACUAGUUGUAAUAAAUACAAAAUUAAUAAUUAUAAUUUGAAAAAAAAAUUAUAUUUUAAAAAGAAAUUUUGUAUAUUCAGGAUUAUGCUUGAAUAUAUUAAGAUGUUUUUCUAGGUUUAUUUCAGAUACAAGACAAAAUUUUCUAUUGCAGAACUCGGUGGAAUUCCUUCGAUCAACGAACAGAGGCAUGCUUAAAUAUAGAUAAAAAAUGAUUUUGAGUGAUUUUUAUUUUUAAUUACAUGAUACAGGCAUUCAAUUUAAAAAAAAAAAAGGAAUUACUUACCUUUUUAUGAGUACACAAAUUAAUUUAAAAUUUCACACAAGCAUAUAAUUAGUUCAAAUCAAAUGCACAAGUUAAUUUUUUUUCUUUGUCAGUAACGAUUUUUCCAAAUUUUCUGUUCACAUUUUUCUUAACAUACCCUAAAUAAAAUUUUUCAAAAUACAAAGUACUGAUGUUAUUUAAAAGUUGUGUUGUUCAUUGUGUUGUAUAUUGCAUUGAAAAUGUCUCUUGAGGAUUUGGUAGCAUUAUCUUUUAAAAUAAAAAAGUUGUGGGCAAAAUAAGGCAAAAAUUUGGAAAGUUGGUCUCAAGUUUUUUUGGUUAAAUACAAAGAUAAAGAAGGGGGUUGUAACAAAUCACCAAAAAAAACAUAAUUCCACUUCUAUAAAAGAUAGAAAGAUGAAAUUGUUGUUGUUAUAAAGGUUAUAGCUAGCCCUUUAAAAUGAUGUAUCAUUCAUGGCAAUUGGACAAUAUUUAAAUUUUGUGUCAAAGUACCUACAUUAAAUUUCCAGGCAUGCAUGGGAAGAUAGUUCGGGGAUUGGAGUUUGAGUGGUUUUAGUUUUAUCACUAUGAGAGUCAACCAGGCACUGUAUAGAUUGUGAAAACAAAAAUGGCAUCUACCAGGUUUCUUUUUGAUUAACAUUUUUGUAAGAGUAAAUGAAAAUGCUAUUUUAAAAAAAUUGAAAUAGUUUUUAUUUUAAAUAUUUAGAGACCAGAAUAAACUAUACACAUUUUACUGGGUCAUGAAGGAGAAGUAAAAAGUAACCGAAUUACAAACAACAACAACAAAUUUUGGGAAAUGCUGUUGUACACUAUGAAUAUGACUGAUGCAGUUCUUUAACUGAACAAGUCUACUUCAAAAAAAUUUCAACUACUCUAUAGGACUAAGAGCUUUUUGCUGAAAAACCUUAUACUUAUAUUUUCUUCAUUUUAAAAAAAAAUACACAGCUAAAUCAUUUUACAAUAACUUUUGGUUUAAAUGGUUUUUUGCAGGGUUUAGCAUGUAUGAACAAUGGUGUCACUGGGGGGGGGGGGGGGCAGACCGCACUGGGUUACACCCUGAGGGGGGGGCAACGCCAAAAGUAAAAUUUCAAAAUUGACAGGGUUCGCUUGAGUUGGUUUCAUAAAAUAAUUCAGUUAAAAACUGAAAAUACACAGCUAAAUCAUUUUACAAUAACUUUUGGUUUAAAUGGUUUUUUGCAGGGUUUAGCAUGUAUGAACAAUGGUGUCACUGGGGGGGGGGGGUGCAGACCGCACUGGGUUACACCCUGAGAGGGGGUCAACGCCAAAAGGAAAAUUUCAAAAUUGACAGUGUUCGCUUGAGUUGGUUUCAUAAAAUAAUUCAGUUAAAUACUGGAACAGAGGGCCACUGGAACUGAAAGCCACAUGAAAAGGGAGUUGCCAUAACAAGGUGUCAACAGAACUGGGUGAAAUCAGAACAGUGUAAUUAUCAUAUUGAUUGUUUUCAUGCUGAACUCCAGAUCAGAUCAAGAUCCAUCAAGGAAGUAGCAAAUAUGUUUUAGGCCCUUUCAGAUUAGAGUCUACUUUUGUUGAUUUAAGAAGAGUUUCUGGUGUCCAUUCCCAAACUGAGCACUUUCCACUAUCUAUGAUGAGUUAUCUGAAAGUGAACUUUUAAUUGAAGUUGAAGUAUAAGGCUGAAACUUAUUAAGAACUAUUUACAAUGGAACAGUCCAGAUUUUCUGGCUUUGAGAUUUUUGUCAGUUGAAUGUGAUAAAAGGAAGAAUCUUGAUUUUGAUGAAGUAGUUGACUUGUUUGCUUCUUUAUACACCAGGAAAUUAAAGUUUUAAAUGCAAAGUAUCAUCAAUAUUUAAAUAAAAAGUCAGUUGUAGCAUUUUUGAAAUGCUUUUACAGAAUAUUUUAUUUGUUCUCGCUAUCUUUUGUUGCUUUGGAGCUUAAUAAACGAACAAUACAAUAAGUCAUUCUGUAUGAUGGGUGCAGGUCUGGGUAGGGUGAGGGUAGGGUGAGGGUAAGGUGAGGGUAAAAUGAGGGUAAAAUGAGUGUAAGAUUAGUUUAAGGUCAGGGUAAGGUCAGGGUAAGGGGGGGGGGGGGGGGAGGGGGGGGGGGGGGGGAGUUGGGAAGUGGCUGGGAGUGACACCAUGAGUUUACCACACCAGGUGACACCAACCCUAGUGACGCCUACUCUGUAUGAAUAAUAAAAUUUAAAAAGUUUAACAUUUUUAACCACAGGACAGUGUUGAAGAUUUUUUCAAAAGUGGCCACACCAAUAACUGGGCAGUGCUUGUUGAUACAUCAAGAUUUUGGUUUAACUAUAGACAUGUUGCCAAUGUUCUGUCAGUUUACAGGAGUGUGAAAAGAUUGGGCAUUCCUGACAGGUAAUCUGUCUUGUAAAAUGGUUUAAAUUUCCAGGCAAAAAAACAAACAUUUUUAUACAAAAUUGUCCAUAAAUUUUAUUAAUUAUAAAGAGAUGAUAUUAUCUCUCAUCCAUUAAAUAUUUUAAAGUCUUUUACACAAUGGAUGAUAUUCAAAUUUUUAAUACUUACCGGUACUGAUUUCUCAUUUAAAUCAUUUUUACACAUUUUAAAAAUAGCAUUAGAUCUAUCACUUUUUUUUUUUUUAGUAUAUAAGGACCAUAAUAAAUAUAUGCAUAAUGAAAUGAAAUUGCAAAUACUGACACUUCAUUAUAAUUUAUUAAAAAUACAAAAUAAAUUUAAAAAAUUUAAAUCAUUUUUACACAUUUUAAAAAUAGCAUUAGAUCUAUAACUUUUUUUUUUUUUAGUAUAUAAGGACCAUAAUAAAUAUAUGCAUAAUGAAAUGAAAUUGCCAAUACUGACACUUCAUUAUAAUUUAUUAAAAAUACAAAAUAAAUUUAAAAAUUUUUUGGUUUAUUUCAGUCAAAUUAUUUUAAUGGUUGCAGAUGACAUGGCAUGCAAUCCAAGAAAUCCAAGACCAGGUAAACAUAGGUUUAUAAACUGCUUUACACAACAGUGAAAUUGUAUCAUGUUUUCUUAAAUUUGAAUUUGAUUGUAUUUCCUCUAGUUGUAAUCGACAGAUGUGCAAAGUUUUUAAUGUGUGGCAGGGGCUAAUUAAUUUAUGCCAAACUUUUCCUCUUCAUUUUGAGGUUUUAAAAAACAAGUUUUUCUUAAAAUUCUUUUAUAAUUUAUAUCCUUGCCAAUGAUGGACGAUGGUUUUAAUGAUAUGAUAAACCAUGGUAUUGAUGAUAUCUUAAAACCCAUCUGUUUAGGUCGGCCUAUGACCUGUGAUGCACCCUCCUUGCCAUGCCUCAUUUUCUGUUGAUCCUGUAGUAUAAGCAAAAAUGUGCCAAAGUGUUCUCGUUUUAUAGCCAUUUUAAUUGUUUCUAUAGUAUAGUAGUUACUAUCCUAGUGUCUCAUUUUUAUUUUACUUAGUUUACAUGUUUUUAAUAAUUGUAAAGCGCUUAGAGUUAGAGCUUUAAGGUAAGCGCUAUAUAAAAAUGCCUAAAUAAAUAAAUAAAUAAAUAUGAUGUACCACGGUACCAGUAUUGAUAAAAGAUAACUGAAUUAGAUAUUCAUAAUUAGAUGUUCAUCACUGGCCAUCUAAAGCCUGUACAGUGUCUUUAUUUUAAAAUAUAUCAUUGUUUAUGUGAAGCCAUUUGGUGUUAAGAACAUGAAUAACCAUACUCUCUACUCCAUUUGUCUCCAGCCACAGUUUUCAAUAAUGCCAACCAGAACAUCAAUGUUUAUGGUGAUGAUGUGGAGGUGGAUUAUAGAGGAUAUGAGGUUAAAUUUUGUUUUAUACAUUUAUAACAUGGCUGCAGGGUGAAGACAGGAUUUCAAAAAAGCAUGUUCAGGUUAAAUUUAUUAAAUGAUCCUGGGUUUCAUAUUUUUGGGUGGAAAAUAAUUAAACAUCACUAAAAAUGUUAGUAUCCAAUUAGAUAUAGUAUAGUUAUGAGAAAUAAUUUCAGCUGUCUGUAAUACUAAGUUUUGUUGAAAAGGUUGGUUCAUUAUGAUUCUGUUUUGAAUGUAAAUAUAUAUAUAACUUAUUUUGUAAACACAUUUAAUUUUCACUUUACCGGUUCAUUCAGUUUUUUUUUUUUUUUUUUUUUUUUGCUUUAAAAUAUUAGAAUUACCAUUUUUAACUCAUUUUCUUUCAGGUCACAGUGGAGAAUUUUAUUCGCGUUUUGACUGGAAGACUUCCUCCCAGUACGCCUCGUUCAAAACGUUUGUUGUCUGAUGAACGUAGCAACAUACUGGUCUACAUGACUGGUGGGUUCUUGGUCAAACUUAAAACUUACAUGCAAUUUAUGCAUCAAAACAUUACAAAAAGAGUUAUGGGAAAAGUUUAAGUGAUUUAACGAAGGAUUCUUACACAAGUAGAAAUGAAAGACUUUUGUCAAAAUUUUAAAAGAUAUGUUCAUUUUUAUAAUUAAUUAUUUUUUAAUUGAUUUAUCAAAUAGUGAACUGAAAGAGCUUCUGUAAGAACUUUUCAAAACUAGGCUCUGAAUAGAAGCAAAUAAAAUUAUUGAACUGCACCAAAAAAAACAAUGCAGCCAACAUUAUGCAUCACAGUCUUUGCAGACCAUUUUUAGAAUACAGUGUCUGGUUAACUUAUCCAUCAAAGUGACUUUUAUUUGGAAUAUUCAUACAUAAAUUUAAAUUUGAAAUGCUUUUUGACGCCCUAGGUCAUGGUGGUGAUGGAUUUCUCAAGUUUCAGGAUGCAGAGGAAGUAUCCAGUGUAGAGCUCGCUGAUGCUUUUGAGCAAAUGUGGCAGAAACAAAGGUAGCAGAUAUAAAAUAAAUAGUGGAAUAGCUUCUUUGACCAAUCAUUUGCUUUAUAAUAAUUAACAAUACAUCCCAAAAAAAUGUUUUUUUGAACCCGGUCAGUGAAUUAAAUGUUUAAAUUUUUUUUUUUUUUAUGUUUUUUUUUUCCUUUCUUCUCAUGGUUGAAAAAUACUGUGUCAAAAUCUUAUUAGAGUUUAAAAAAUACAGUAUUUUAUAUAUAUGAAUAUUAUGAAGCAGUGGAAUACACAUGUUUUGGACAUGUAAAUACUGAGUAAAAACUUGUGAUUUACUUAUUCCAUUCAAAUAUAUUUUAUUUAAUAUGAUUGACUAGGUUAAUAUUAAACACAUACAUUGAGUGAUGAAAUUUUGAUUGCAACUCCCACCAAAUGCAUCGGUAGGAAAUUUAGUCAAAACCGUGCAAAAAUCUUUUUUUUAAAUGUAAAAUAUGUUUGGCACAAUUUGCCCACUUUUCAAAGGGGCUUAAUACUGGGGAUGGUCACCAGUUUCAAAUGUAUGUCAAGUCAAUGCUGAAGCUUUGGCAUUAAAUCUAUUUGACAGCAAACUGUCAUGUGAUAUAUAUAUACCCGGUAUAUAUAAUAUAAAUACAUUCUGACUUAUAUCCCUUUGCUGGUACCCUAUCCUUUGUUUAUUAUGUGGUCAGAUAGUGUACAAAAAAGUUAAUGCUGAAAGUGAAGUAUACCUUUAAUGUUUAAAAUAGUAAGAAUGUUGACUUGAAGCUAAAGUGCAUGACCUUUCCCUCAGAUACCAUGAACUGUUCUUCAUGAUUGACACAUGUCAGGCUGAGUCCAUGUUUCAGAAGUUCUACUCACCGAACUUGUUGGCUGUGGCCAGCAGCAGAGUUGGGGAGGAUUCUCUCUCUGUAGGUUUCAGUGCUCUUAGUUCUGUCUUAGAUAGUAAACCCAACACUAACAGCUUGGCCAAUAACAACCGUGUCAAGACUCACAAAAUGUGUCUUAGAAAAGUUAAAACCUUAAAAGGGGUCAAAUUUUUAAAAGAAAAUUUGUAAAUGGAUGAUGAUGCUAACUCUACAUACAAAACUAUAAUUAUAAUGUCUGUAGUUAUAUUUUGAUCUUUCUUGUCUUUGCUAUUCUCAUGCCUGGCAGCGAUCUUAGAUAAACCACGCAAAAAAAACUGCUUGGCCAAUAACAGCUUUGUCAAGACUCACAAAAUAUGUCUUAGAAACCUGAACUCAUGUAAGGCUCACUAUCAGACAUCAUCAACACCAAUCAUGAAAGGCUCACUAUCAGACAUCAUCAACACCAAUCAUGAAAGGCUCACAAUCAGACAUCAUCAACACCAACGUACACAAAGAAAACUGCCUUAAAAAUCAAUUAAUUAUUUUGCAAAGUGGGCACCGAUUUCUCAGACUUUGUGAACUGUCGCAAGAUUUGUGGCAAAAUGAAAUUGUUGUUUUUCUCUUCACUAUUAAUCUGCUCCUACCGUCCAUGCAACAAUAAUGUAUAAAGUUGAUCAUCUAACUUUUUAAAAACAUUUUUAUUUCCAGCAUCAUGUGGACCCAGCGUUAGGAGUCUAUGUUAUAGAUCGCUACACAUACUACGCACUGGAGUUUCUUGAGACUGUCAAACCAGGCUCCAAGAAAACCAUGGCACAGUUUGUAAGUAAACACCUGAAAUAAUUUUAUUGGAUGAAAUAUUUUAAAACUAUUCUAUAAACCAGGAAGUGAAUGGAGUACAGGCCUCCAUGACCUUAACCCCUGGUGUAGAAAACUUUUGCAGACGUGAAAAUGAAGUACCAGGUACCACUAACUUGCAUGAAAUUUAUUUUGAUUUUAAAAUGACCUUUCUGAUAUGAUACAGUGUAUCUUUAUUGUGUUUUGUUUUUAUAUAGGGCCACCUAACCACCCAAGAUCUUUUCAUUUCUAAUUAGUCAUCAGCUCUCUAGGUGUUAUGAGAGUUUUCCUCGUAUGUAAUUAUGUCAUUCAAAUUGUCAUUUUGGCCUCUUAUUAUUUAUAACUUGACAAAUUCCUUGUGUGGUGUAGCUGGCUCACAAGCGUGUAUGCAACAUUUGUGAGUUUUCUCAAAGUUCUAAUUGACUAAUUGUUCCCCCAAAUUAAUACAUACAGAAAUUAAUUUCAAGUACAAAGUAAAUCCAUUUGGCUUUCAGUUCAAAGUUUGCCCCAAGCAUCACUGCAUCAGCACUGUCAGUACACGAACAGACCUGUUUAAGAGAAACGUCACCGACACCCUGCUCACUGAUUUCUUUGGUGGUGUGCGCAAUGUGGAGCUGCUUACAGGUCGGUCAAUGCAUUUUAUUUUCAUGACUUAAGACGUCCCCCCCCCCCCCCCCCCCCCCAGCUCUGGGUAUGCUACAGAGAUAAUUUGAAUAAUUAAAGACUGGUAGGUUUACAUCAUUGUACAUUCUAUUUUGAAUCAAAUAUUGUAAAUCACCAUUCUAGUGCAUUUGGGUAAUAGACUGAAAUUGGUUGAGGCAGUCUAUAGGUAAAGAAUCAAAUAUUAAGUUUAAGUUGCAAGUCUGAACAAGCAAUUAAACAUUUCUUUGGUUUCCUCUUUCAAAGAAACAGUGUCUCUGGACAAGAUAGACUUACCACCUAACAAUGAUCUCACUAACUCAUGCAGGUAAUUAGUGCCACCGGCAUCUUUUUCAAUUUUUAAUUAUUUUUUUUUUGCAUUGAAGAUUUAUGCUUAUAUAAGUAUAAGCUUAUAUCUUGUUACAAUAUUAUGUGAAUAUUUGUUUCAUUAUAUGCAGGUAUUUUUGCCUUUUUAUAAUAUUGGUUCAAAUUAAAUGAAAUUACAUGGUAAAAGAAAUGUUGAUAUUUUGUUUUAUGUCAGUUAACCUCUUUGUCAUUUUAAAAUAUAUCUGUAAACAAAAAAAUUUAAUAUCUAAAUAUGAAUACUUCAUUAAAUGAUAUCAGCAUUUUUCAUACAAGUUAAUCAAAGCACACCACUGAUCACAUUACCUCGUUUAGAAUAUUUUGGACUUUUUGAGUAAUGUAAAAUGGUUGUGUCUUUGAUGAAUAAUGGCUAUUAUUUUUUGUGUGUUCUAUUCCCAGCAAAGACUCAUGUGCCACCAAUGAAAAUACCAAGUUUACAUUCCCAGAUCAGAUUCCUAAAGUACUUAUCUAAUGUCAGCUGUUCUUUUAGCUUAUUUAUAAGUUGGUCAAAAGUUGUUCCCUUCUCUAAAUAUAUUUAAUGGAUUUUCAAAAUUUAUUAGAAAAAUUACAACUAAAAUUAAAGAAACAAUAGUCUAAAACAUCAAAGAAGGAAAAAACCUGUAUAAGUUUUCAAUGUAUUUAUGCAACUUUUUUAACCUGCCUUGUCUGGCACUGACAUUUUCAUCUCACUUCAUUAAACAUUUCAUUUCAUUUUCACCUGUGCUUUUCAUUGUUGUCAUUUUAGUCAUAUUAAGGUGUGUUUUUUUAAAAAUUGAUAUGUGUACUUUCAUAGCUUGGUGCUCAUUGAAGUGUUACUAUUGCAAGAUUAACUUGGCCAUAUAAAAUAUUUGUUUUCUUAAUCCACGCCUCCCUCAUUCAUUAUUAUUAUGCUGAGAACUUUUUGAGAAAUUACAAUUUUUUUUCUAAAUUCUUUUUUGGCCCUUGAACGCCAUUUAAGUUUUGUUGUUUGUCGUAAAAUAAACAAUGAGUUUAUCAACCAGACACUUUAGUAAAGAUGAAACUUGCAUAGUUUUUAUUUGUAAAAUAUUGAGUUACACAUUCGGUGUAUAGGCAAUAUACCAACAUAUAUGAACAAGCAGUGUAAAGUGUAACUGAAUUGUAUAAUUGUUGGUAAUACUUAUUGUACAACUUAAUUCAAGUAGACUUGAAAAAGGAGAAAUAUUUCAUUUAUUCAAAGAUCACAAACCAUUGUUGGAUGUUCACUAGUUAAGUUUAUUCCAAAAGAAAAAAAACUGCUAACAUAAAUGCCAUAGUGAUAUUGUGAUUCCUUAACCUGGAAGAAAAAUCAAGAUAAUUCAGUCAUUGGGUUUAGAUUUUCUUUGGUCAAUUCAGGUAACCAUCCUUCAUGAGAUUCUCACUUUUGUAGAUAAGUUAUCAUGUCUUCAAACUGAAAGAUUGAGAUUUCUCUAAAUUGUCUAUUCUUGUUUUUUUUAGCAAAGAUAUAGAUAGUGUUAAAUGCAAUUGGAAAAGGAUAUGUUUAAAUAAAUAUUUUAAAGCAAAUAUGGACAACGUAACUGAACAACGGUUUAAUAAAAAUACAGAUGUUAUACAUCUCAAACAGUGAACUGCUUAAAUGACCCACAAUGGGGCAACAAUGGAAAUCUUGGGGCUUAUGAGGGCUCAAAAGACAUUAAAAUAUUUUAAAGCUUUUUGUUUUUCCAAAAGAAAAUUUGCAUCUGGCCCUUGUUAUAGCCUGUGGUUACAAGAGGCUUGACGGCUAGGGCUUACAUCUCAUCUUGUAUAUGCCUGUUUGAUCUAAUGCUGAGAAAUAUCACUAGAAUAGGGUCCACUCAGUGCGGUAAACUCAUGGUGUCACCCCUCAAUGAACAUAGAAACAAAGCAUAGAAAUCAAUAAUUUAACCCCAUUAGACAGUAUCCAAAUUUCUCUGAUUUAAAAAAGCCCCAAUGUUGAUGUCCUUGUAUGAAAAUGAAUCAUUAUUUCUUCAAAAUUUGAUGUGAAUUUUUUUUUAAAGAAAUCCUUUUUUUCCAUACUGAGGAUUUUGUUAAUUUAUUUUAUCAAAUUCAUUAUGUAAUUGUAAUCUUCAUUUAACUAAAUUCAAACAUCCAAUUUUAAAUUUAAAUAAUCUAUUGCAUUCUUCCUCUCAAAUUGGGGCUAACGUCUUCAGCAUAAACAAAAUUAAUUUUGGUUAAUGUCUGAAAAAGUGCGCCGACCCCUGAUCUAGAACAUAGUGUAUUAUAUUAUAAUGUAAUGUAAAAUGUUGAACAUCUGGAUUGUUAUUUCCUGUUAAAGAUAUUCAUUAAUAUUUUACAUGUUUUCUUGCUUGAACAAAAAUAAAAUGUUUUCCAUUCUAGCAGUUAGAAAUCAUUUAUUCAAUGCUUUGAUUAAUUCAUGCUGUCUUGUAAUUAUAUCUUUAUUAAAACUAAUAGUAGUAAUAGUCAAUUGGAAUAUCUUCACAGAGGAGUACCAGUUGUAAAAGUGUACAAAUCUAAACUCAGUGACUUAGCUAAGACAAUCUUUGAUCACAUUCCUAAGCAGUUAUCCUUACACAAUAUCAAAUAAUACUGGUAUUUUAAACAUUGACAAAAUAAUGUAACAAGAUAAGUGGUUUGUCUGCACAGGCACACAAAAAUCCAUUAAAAUCAGGGGAAAAAAAAACAUAAAUCUUUAAUUAUUCUUCAAAGUACAAAAACCAAGCCAUGUAUUUUGUUUUUUACAGUAAUAUAAAGUAAUCAAUAUUGCAGGGUUGAUGCCAAAGGUUCAAAUUAAUAAAGGAAUUAAUGGUAUAUAUAAGAUCAAAUAUAAUUACAAGUGUUAUUACUGAAUAAACUUGACUACCAGGAAUAGAAGAUAAAGCAGUUCAAUGAUGAACAUCCAAAUAAGGGGACUCUUUCAAAUUAUUGAUAACUUGAAAUGAGAGAAAUAAUUACUUCAUUUAUACAUCAUACACAAGAAACUCCUCCACUGACAAUGUACACUUCUCUUUAAACAUCUGAUUUCAGCAAAUUUUUAGCCAAUGUGAACAAAGAAGGAGCAGAGUGCAGUGACUGGAUUCAACAUAAUGGUCUCUGCUGCUCAGUCUUGAGCAUACAGCCUUUGCUAUACACCAUAAAUGGGGAAACAAGAAAGACUUUGAGGGAGACAUUUAAAAAAUUGGACAUACGUCAAUGUGUCUGUGCACAGGGAAAUGUGGAAACAAAUUGUUGCACUACACAGUGCAGGAAGAAUUAAUUUUAAUACAACCUGUAUCUCUGCUUUGCUUUUAUAGAAAUACUUUUUUUUUUGCCAGCACAAACUGGUUCUAUGACUUGAAAGCUUGUGAAUAUAACAAUAAUAAGGCCACAUAUAAAGCAGUUUUAUAUAGGAGCAGUGAGCAUGACUAGGAAUAAUUUAACAAAGGCCCAUCAUUCUCCUUGCAAUCACUGAUAGGAAGCAAUGAACAAAAUAAGAAAAAGAACAAGUAAACAUUUGCAAUUGAGGCAUGUCAUAUGAAGAUCUGGUUAAAUGAUUUCAAGAAUUCAUGAAACACAACUUUCAUCAGGACUUGCGCCAGUGACAGUGGACAUUUUUAAGCUGCUGUCAAAGUCAUUGAAAUUUAAACAGAUGUUGAAUCUUGGUUAAUUUUAAAUUUUGGUCAUGGCAGAUUAAAUGAGCAAAUAAAUAAAACACAUUGAAAAGGGGGUGUCCAUUUUGUCAGUUAAUUUUGAUCUGCAGAAGAAAGCAUUUAUCACUAUGAACCUGGUGUUACAGUCAUUCAUCUCAAGUCCCAGUUAUGGACA